AUGGAACGAACGAAAAUCGCAAGGCAGCCAGGCUACGUGAAUCCAGAGCUUGCAGAGAUACUGAAAUCCAGCGGGCCCGUACGUGGUUUAGACGCCACCACAGAUAUCGUAGGCCUUCGAAAACAACUACGAGAAAGGAAACUAGCCUUGACCAGCGCUCACAAGAAGGGGACUACGAACAUCACUGAAAACGACAUGAGGAUCAAGACUCGAGAUGGGAGCGAGAUCCUCAUUCGAAUAUAUCAGCGAGCACAAGGUGACCAAGGCCCAGUCAUGGUCAUGCUGCACGGUGGAGGAUGGAUCCUUGGAGAUCUUGACAACGAGGCCCUACUGUGCAGAAGAUGGUGCGAGGAGUGUGGAGGAUUGAGCAUCAAUGUCGAGUACAGGCUUGCUCCAGAGUAUAAAUUCCCCACUGCUGUUUUCGACUGUUACGAUGCCGUUCUAUGGACCGCCAAACAUGUCCACAAUUACGGUGGUGAUCUCGCGAAAGGAUUCGUCAUUGCAGGUGUUUCAGCAGGUGCAAAUAUGGCUGCGACUCUAUCCCAUCUCUAUCGAGACGAAGGUUUCCUGCCACGACUAACAGGACUCUAUCUCUCUAUCCCUUCCCUCCUGGCACCUGAAGCUGUGCCACCUGAAUACAAAGGCGAGUAUUUGAGUCGCCAAGAAAACAAAGACGCGCCAGUUCUGAACUCAGCCGCAAUCAAGUGGUUUAGGGAUUGUUAUCAGGAUGACCCUCGGUCUCCAUUGAUGUCUCCCUUUGUGUUUGAGACCGGACACGCCGGGCUUCCCCCGACGUACUUCCAGGUUGCGGGGAUGGAUCCUUUGAGAGAUGAGGCACUGAUCUACGAGCGAGUCUUGAGGGAAGAAUGCAACGUUCCCACCCGUCUCGAUCUGUACCCGGGCUUACCACAUGGGUUCUGGUCAUGGUGGCCAACUGCAGGAUUCAGCAAGAAACAGGCUCAGGAUUCUAUGGCAGGUUUGAAGUGGCUCCUCAUCGCCGACAGUCAAUCAAAAUGA